AUAUUACACACAAUAUUUCUACUGGCCUAGCAUUUUUUCUUUCCCUCCUUCACAGGCUGUCAUGGUUGAAUUAUUAAGACCCUGAAUUAUAUUUUUUAAGCCUUGAUGAUUCUCUUUGUUGUUUAUUCAAGCAAAGUGGGACUCCUUCCCUUUCAUCUCCAGAUUUUUGCUUCUUCCACUGCUUUGUUUGCUCCGUCUAUGUUGCUCAAUAUUUUCAUUUCAUUUCUUUCUUAAUUCAUUAAAGACUUCUUCUUCUUCUUCUUACACUUAUGGAUCCAACGACUUGUCGCUUCAGCAAAGAAGAAAAAUAUUUUUUUCAAUGAGCCUCAUACAAGAACUUCUCCAUCUGCUCAUCUUUUGUUUCAGGCAUGGGAACCAAAUUUGAGUAUGCAAUCAAUCCGUUAGCAGUUUCAACAAAUUCUAACAGCUUCGACUUUGAUCGUGUGGACGAUUGGGAUUAUUUCCAAUCUAGAGAGGUGAAUAAGUUUCAAAGAACUCAACAAGACUGUUUUCGCAGCUCCAUGGACAGGAUGCUUGACAAGCACAACAUUGAAUCCAUAAAAAGAACAAUGCAGAUCCAGGAAGAUAUCUUCAAACACCAGGUCCAAGAACUCCACAGGCUGUAUAGCGUGCAAAAGAUGUUGAUGGCUGAGCUGAAGAAAGAAAGUAAGCAAAGUAGAAUUUCAAUGGCGAGUUCAGAAAUGAAGCAUUCACAAACAUUUAUGAAAACACAAAACGCAACAACUGCUUCAGGCUAUAUUUUCCAGGUUCAAAAUAUUCCUGAAGAUCCAAGCACCAGGGAAAGAAGCGGCAGCAGCCAAAUUGGGAAUAAAUUACCGAGCACUGAAGGGUCUAAUGAAGAGAGUGAAGUUGAGUUAACAUUAAGCAUUGGAGUAAGGUCAAACAAGAAGAGAUCAAAAGGUCAAGAAUUGAAGGAAACCAGGGAGAUUGAUUCAACGGCAUCGUUUAAAUCUGAUAGCGGCCCAACCACUCCAAUAAGUAGCUCAAGUGCCACAUUUGAUAACCAGGAAAAGAAGAUACCUCAUUGGCUUUUCGGAUUAAGCAUAAACAGGAGUUGAAGUGAAGAAGUGAAUUGUAGUUUAAUUAAUAUAAUCAAUUAAAUUAAUUGUAUGUGUGUAUCCUUUUAAUCUUAAUUAAUUAAAUUACUCUAGCUGCAGCCUGGAACCAUGAAAUUUAAUUACUUGGGUUCCAUGAAUUAAGAUUCCUAAUUUGGUUUCAAAACUCAAAAUCUAAUAAAUGGAUGACCCAUUUUAAUUGUUGUAAA